GGAAGGAGAGGUGAGUAUAAAAGCCUCGCUGUGAGGAAUUAGGAAAUGUUCCUCGGGAGAAAAUACACACAGAGACAUAUUUCCAAGACUUCUCGCUGCAUAAUUAUCUUUUACGUGUAAUGCAGUAACAAGCAGUCCUCACAGCGCAGUAGGCCGACAGGACUCGUCUGUUUGUGUGAAGAGGACUUAAAGUGCAGCCUCACGCCGGCUCGAGCAUCAUUCCUGUGGCUUUUUCCAGCGAGACAGGCAGAUAAGCCAGCCCUAAGAUGAGGAGCCUUCUUCAGUUUCUGGCAGUCUGCGCUGCGGUUUCUCUCUGCGUCUGCUAUGAGUCUCAUGAAAGCACAGAAUCCGUUGAAGAUUUGUUUGUGCCUCCAAACCGAGCCAACUCAUUCAUCACGCCACAGAGGGGCAACGUAUACAGCCCACCCAGAGGGAAUGGCCUCAACCAUUACAACUUCAUGAGGACGGUGAAGUCUCCAGCGGAGAGGCGUGCAGAGACCUGUGAAGACUACUCUCCCUGCCGCUUCUACGCCUACCACCACGGCUUUCAGCAGGCCUACCAGAGAUACUUUGGCUCCCGAAGUCAACCUCAGAGACCAGCCGGGACCCGUCGACACUGAACUCAGAGCGUCUGUCUGUCAAAGGCAGAAUCGUCAUUAUCGUCUGGAAAUGAAUGCGCGUUCCUUCAUUCCACAUAUCUUGACUUUUAUAUAAUUUAUGUUACUGUUUUUGUGGCCUCUUCUGGACGUGAAGCGAAUCCUUGAAUAAAACUGGUUUUCUAAACACUGAGACCUCCAGCGUGGCUCAGAUGCUAUGGCAACCCAUCAUUAUACACGUGUAGAAAUUCAUGGCCCAUCUCUUGUAUAAUCUCAGGAUAAAUUUUAUCCACUAUUAUCACUCCUUUGCAGCAUUUAUGAGCUUCACAUGAUGUGCUUGAAUGAAGUGUUUUGCUCCCUUUCCACUAACCAUUACAUUAUCCAUCUAUUUAUCCAGGCCAGCACUGCUGUCAGUGAUUAUUUCCAUUGCUUUUAAUUUGAAAAAUAAAAUUCCCUUUAUUGGGUUUUUUCUUAA